GGGUAAGCAUACACUUUGAAAGAACAUUUAACAAUAAAUAAGAUUAGCAACUGCAAUUUAUUUAUUCGUCUUCCUUUUAAUACAAUGCUCAAACUUACAAUUGUCGGCUAUGCGGAUUUACUUUUUAAACACGUUUUUAGGUAGAACCAUCGUUUGAAUUUCGGAGGCAUUCAGGCUUAUUUAGAGCAUUUGGUGGGAAAGUCAUUAUACCAUUUGGUAACACUGCCUUGAACAUUUUCAGACAGUAAAUAACUUUAAGAAAAUCAUUUAUUACAACUAAAGAGAUGUCUUCGUCCGAACUGGAAGCAAAGAAGGCUGCCGAUGGUCAGCAGGAGGCGAAGGUGCCGGCAGGCGUGGAGAUUACGGGGUCCAAGCAGCCGGAGGAGGACACAAAUGCCCGUACGAAGGCGGAACUCGAUUUUGCCGCGGCGGAGCAGUACAAAAAUCAGGGAAAUGAAAUGCUCAAAACCAAGGAGUUCUCCAAAGCCAUCGACAUGUACACCAAAGCCAUAGAACUGCACCCCAACAGCGCGAUAUAUUACGCCAACCGAUCCUUGGCGCACUUGCGCCAGGAGAGCUUUGGUUUCGCACUACAGGAUGGUGUUUCGGCGGUGAAGGCGGAUCCUGCCUACCUUAAAGGUUACUAUCGCCGGGCAGCAGCUCACAUGUCUCUGGGAAAGUUCAAGCAAGCCCUUUGUGACUUUGAAUUCGUAGCCAAGUGCCGGCCGAACGACAAAGACGCCAAGCUCAAGUUUACCGAGUGCAACAAAAUUGUCAAAAUGCGCGCCUUCGAACGAGCCAUUGCUGUGGAUAAGCCCGAGAAGACGCUUUCGGAGAUGUACAGCGACAUGGAAAACAUAACUAUUGAGGAUGACUACAAGGGUCCGCAGCUGGAAGACGGCAAGGUGACUCUGAAGUUCAUGAUGGAAUUGAUGGAGCAUUACAAGGCACAGAAGCGAUUGCACCGCAAAUUUGCCUACAAAAUACUCUGCGAGAUCGACACGUACAUGCGAGCUCAGCCCUCGCUGGUGGACAUCACUGUGCAGGAUGAGGAGAAGUUCACGAUUUGUGGCGACAUUCACGGUCAAUUCUACGACUUGAUGAACAUAUUCGAGAUCAAUGGUCUGCCCUCUGAAAAGAAUCCUUACCUGUUCAACGGCGAUUUCGUUGACAGGGGUUCCUUCUCUGUGGAGUGUAUAUUUACGCUGUUUGGUUUCAAGCUGUUGUAUCCGAAUCACUUCUUUUUGGCGCGCGGCAACCAUGAAAGCAUUAACAUGAACCAAAUGUAUGGAUUCACCGGCGAGGUGACAGCGAAGUACACCAGCGCCAUGGCUGACAUAUUCACGCAAGUUUUCAACUGGCUGCCGUUGUGCCACUGCAUCAACCAAAAGAUCCUGGUCAUGCACGGCGGGCUCUUCUCCACGGAAGACGUGACUCUGGACAAUAUAAGACGCAUCGAAAGAAAUUGCCAGCCGCCCGAGGAAGGUCUUAUGUGCGAGUUGCUGUGGUCCGAUCCUCAGCAAUGGAUGGGUCUGGGUCAGUCGAAGCGAGGCGUGGGCAUCCAGUUUGGUCCUGAUGUUACCGAGAAGUUCUGCAAAGACAACAACCUGGACUAUAUCAUUCGAAGCCACGAGGUUAAGGAUAUGGGCUAUGAAGUGGCUCACAACGGUAAAUGCAUAACAGUCUUCUCUGCUCCGAACUAUUGUGAUACUAUGGGCAACAUGGGCGCAUUUAUUACCAUUACGGGUAACAAUUUGAAACCAAAUUUCAAAUCAUUCGAGGCUGUGCCACAUCCCGACGUCAAGCCAAUGGCCUAUGCCAACAGCCUAAUGAACUGGCUGGCGUAGUCAGUUUCGCAUUAACUUCAAUAGCUAAAACAUACUCCCACACAACACAUACCAAUUUACAAACAGCUUGAGAACUCACAAUCGCAAGACAGCCCAGCUUACAAUGAUCAAAGGAGAGGAAAAGGAUUCGAAGAUGCUCAAUAGACUUAUGCACACCGCGAGCUGCUUCACUACUUAAGUACGAGUAUGGCGAGUCCAUAAGGCGUAGGACGAGUGGAGGACGGGGAAAGAAUCAAGAUCACAAAUACAGAACAGCAAUCAUUUUAUAAAUUCAGCUAUAUUUGAUACAGAACGAAAUGUUAUAGUGUAUAGUGGCUUUAGAAGUCGGAUGCUAAGUUUUAUCGGUGCCAAGCAUCUGCGGUUCCACUUGUAAGUAAAAUUGAAAGAACAAGUUUGUUUAUGCAUAGCAUUUAGUUAUGGCUACCAAAACAUAAUAUACGAGUACAUAUAUACAAUUUUUCAUCAA